CAAAUCUUUAGAAAUUCAAAGAAUUUUUUAAAAAUGCAGAGCUCUAAUGACAUAAUAGAGGAAGAAGUAAAGGUCCCACUACUAGCAGAUCACAAAGCUUCCCUCAAUUACAAUCACGAUCAUCGUCAGCAAUCAAAACAUAAUAAUCUUGUUGUUGUUCAUGAAAAGAACGAUUAUAUUACCCGACAACUUUCUCUAGGGAAAAGGGUUAAAAUUGAAUCAAAGAAGUUGUGGCACAUAGUUGGUCCAGCUAUCUUCAGCCGAGUCACCGCAUACUCAUUUUUCGUUAUCACACAAGCCUUCGCCGGCCACCUUGGAGACCUUGAGCUCGCCGCAAUCUCAGUAGCCAUUAACAUCAUCAUUGGCUUCACCUUUGGUCUACUACUCGGGAUGGCGAGUGCCUUGGAAACCCUAUGCGGUCAAGCAUAUGGGGCAAAGCGAUACGCCAUGCUGGGGGUGUACAUGCAACGUUCGUGGAUCGUUUUAUCGAUAUGUUGUGUUUUGCUACUCCCUCUCUACCUCUUCGCGUCGCCGGUGCUAAAAUUGUUGGGCCAGCCACCCGAGGUGGCGGAGUUAUCGGGUAAGGUGGCGAUGUGCAUGAUUCCCCUGCACUUCAGUUUGGCAUUUCAGUUCCCGCUACAGAGAUUUCUACAGAGCCAACUGAAGACGAGGGUGAUAGCCUUGGUGUCGCUGGCAGCCCUGGCCGUGCACCUGUUUGUGAGUUGGUUAUUUGUGUACCAACUCAAGUUGGGCGUUAUCGGCACGGCUCUUAGUAUGAAUUUCUCAUGGUGGACUAUGACGUUUGGGCUUAUGGGCUACGCCGUCCGCGGUGGUUGUCCCUCUACUUGGACUGGGUUAUCAGGUGAAGCCUUCUCUGGCCUUUGGGAGUUCACCAAACUCUCUGCUUCUUCUGGGGUCAUGCUUUGCUUGGAAAGUUGGUACUAUAGAAUACUGAUGCUAAUGACGGGAAACCUGGAAAAUGCGGAAAUCGCUUUGGAUGCUUUAGCUAUUUGCAUGACGAUUAACGGGUGGGAGAUGAUGAUUCCUCUAGCAUUCUUUGCUGGAACCGGAGUAAGGGUGUCAAAUGAGCUCGGAGCUGGAAAUGGGAAAGGGGCAAAGUUUGCGACUAUAGUAUCAGUGGUGACAUCAAUAGUAAUAGGGCUCUUCUUUUGGGUUUCCAUUAUGAUAUUCCACAAUGAGAUUGCCUUGAUAUUCUCUUCAAGCAAAGUUGUCCUUGAAGUUGUUAAUAAACUAUCUCUCCUCUUGGCUUUCACUAUUCUUCUUAACAGUGUUCAACCUGUCCUCUCUGGAGUGGCUGUAGGAUCUGGUUGGCAGUCGUAUGUAGCAUACAUAAACUUGGGCUGUUAUUAUCUUAUUGGGGUGCCACUUGGGUUAUUGAUGGGCUGGGGAUUCCACCAAGGAGUUAUGGGAAUUUGGGCUGGCAUGAUUUUUGGAGGGACUACAGUUCAAACUUUUAUAUUAGCCAUCAUUAUCAUUCGUUGUGAUUGGGAAAAAGAGGCUGAGAAAGCAAAUAAGCAUGUAUUGAAGUGGGCAAGAGAAUCCAAAUAAAUAAAUAAAAAAGAAAAAGUGGGCAAGAGAAUCAAAGAACCAAGUGUCGUAACAUGUGAAAAAAUUUACUCCAUUAUUUGUCUUAAAUUCAUUUCCCAUAGUUUAACUUGAAAGACAUUGUUCAUUAUUAUUAUUAUUAUUAUUAUUAUUAUUAUUAUUAUUAUUAUUUUUUGUAAACAUAGAUUGAACCCGAAUUUGAACUAUAUCAAUAACAAGUUGAUGAUCCCUGAAAAAAUUUAAUUAAGAACAAUUUAUUAUUUAAAUUAUGA